GUCGUUUUCCUCUGUUCUCUUUGACGCUCCAGAAGGGACUGGGUUUGGUUAGGAGAAGACCGUGCUGCUCGAAUAGAAGCGAAAACACCCGAUUUGUGGUUUUGGUGGGUUUGGCUUUGGGAUCUUGGUGAUUGAUUGGAAAGGUUUUAAGAGGUUUGGUUUAUCUUUGGCUUUGGAAUUCGAGUGAUUGAUUGGAAGGGUUGCAAGGUAUGCUUUUUGUUAGAUGGUGGUUGAUUUUUGAUGAAAUUCUAGCCAUAUAGAUUCCGUGCUUCCACUCAGCUCCAAACCAGUUAGUGUUUGAAACGCAGCCAGCGAAGUUUCUUAAUGAAUAUGAUUAAGCAGACCGUUACUUUUGGGUGUCCACUAUUUGAUUCGAAAGUUUGGUUCUUCUGAGGAAUUUGUAUUUGAUUGAUUGCAGAUAGAGGUAAGUGUAGUAGCAAGUGUAGUAGCUACCUCUGUCUUUCUCCGCCUCGAAGACUCAGACAACUGCGGCUCUUCAAUCUCACAGGACUGGGAAUCCGUCGUAAUCAGGAAGAAGGUACCCAACGCCGCCGCCAAGAAGUGCGAGAAAGCCGUCAACGCUGCUUGCCGUGCCGGUGCCGAGAUCGAAACCGUCGAGAAAGCAUGUAGGUGAGCCCAUAACUCGGCCCAUCAACAUCUUCAACAAACUUAGAGAGAAGCUCUUCACUAACGGCCAUGGCUUCAAGGUUGCUUCCGCUGAGAAGGCUCUCGAGGCUUCUUCUUCUCAAGCCUCCAUCUUCGAAUUUCCGACCAAGCUCCUCUCUUCUUCUAGAAGCUUCGAGGUCUCUUCACCUCUCUGAUACUAGCCAUGGACCUCUCCAUUGGAUUGCUUCCAGAAGCUUCUGUUCUUCUCCCCCUUUGAAUCUCAACGAAGGCCCUGCCGCUAUCGAUUACAGUUCUGUACUGCAGGAGGAUGAAUUUCAUAAGCUAGCUGAUUCUACAAUACAUGACCUGCAAGAGAAAUUCGAGGAAUAUGGAGAUAGUGUUCAAGUUGAUGGCUUUGACAUAGACUAUGGGAAUGAGGUAUUGACCUUAAAGCUUGGGGAUUUGGGCACCUAUGUUUUGAACAAACAAACACCAAAUAGGCAAAUUUGGUUGUCUUCCCCAGUGAGAAUGUCAUGGAGCGUAAAUAUGGUCUGCCAUGUAAUAGCUUCAUGUUGUUCAUGCAGUGGUCCUUUUAGAUUCGAUUGGGAUCGGGAUGCUGAAGCUUGGAUUUACAGGAGGACGAAAGUUAAGUUAUUGACACUUCUAGAAAGUGAGAUGGAGCAAUUGUGUGGUGAACCCAUCAGCCUUUCAUAAACCCUGCAAAAGUGUAGGAGAUAUUAGAGUUUCAGUUGGAAAUUUUCUGUAGGUGUAUGUUAGUAAGAUCAGUUAUUUCCAUAUUUUAGAUUUGUAUCAUUUGUGAUGGUUAUCUUACCAUGAAUAAAGUACGAGAAUGAGAGCUGGAAUGGUAGAAUAUAUACAUCGCCGGUGAACAUGGAUUUAGUCAGAAACUGAAUAGUAGACAUGGAUGUUGUAGAUCGCAAGUGGUGUGAAAACUCUUUUCAUAAUGGCAGGAAUAAGGAAUGAGGAAAUUCGAAUUAGUUUAUUUAGUUUCA